UUUAUUUUAAUCACAACAAGCCGUGUGCAGCUAGUGCUAGUCAAGUGUUCGUCCAUGGUCAUCCUUGUUUCUGUUUGUGCCUUCGACAUCAUCGUCUUGGGAAAAUGUCUGUAAGGACCACAGCAAAGUACGUGAAGGAAAAGGACCGCAGUCGUCGACAACUGGAACAUCUUUGGCUGCAGCCUUAUGUUGUGUUGCGCAGAGCAGACAUCAGUGAAGCUAUUCAUCCUAAGCACGAGGAGCCAGACCGCACUCGCAUUAAAGAGGAAGAUGUGGGCAAAGAGGUCCACCACGUCAAUGAACAAAUGGAGCAGAAGUUUCUUUGCUCUAUAAGAGAGGAGGAAGAGCCGGAGCGGCCUUGUCAGAAAGAGGACGGAGAGGACUCCUGCGACAUCAAAAAGGAGGAGGAAGAUACCUGCGAGAUGCCAUUGACUGGUGGACUUGUGAAGCGUUUAGAUGAGGCUCAACGUGAGGUGAGCAAAGGGGCGGAGCCUCCAAGCUGCAGCUCAAGUCCACAUAUGACCAGAGAAGGUGAUGGAGACCACUGUGGGGGAUCACAAGCAGCUCCACUAUCAGAUAGUGAUGACGUCUUGUCACAUGUUCCUGCUGCUGCGUCUGAUGAUGACUCUCACAACAAACACAGGCAAUGUUCUCACUGUGGAAUUUUUUUCCGUCAUAGCAGUAGGUUGAAACAACACAUGAGAAUGCACACAAGAAACAAAAACUUUUCCUGUUCAGAUUCUGGCAAAAAAUUCUCUCAGAGUGGAUCUUUAACAAUGGACGCAAGAAUCCACACUGGUGAGCAACCUUUUUCAUGCUCAGUUUGUGGCCAAAAAUUCUCUCACAGGGGAAAUUUAAAUAGGCACACAAGAAUCCACACUGGUGAGAGACCUUUUUCAUGCUCAGUUUGUGGCCAGAAAUUCUCUGAGAGGGGAAGUUUAAAUACGCACACAAGAAUCCACACUGGUGAGAGACCUUUUUCAUGCUCAGUUUGUGGCCAGAAAUUCUCUGAGAGGGGGAGUUUAAACACGCACACAAGAAUCCACACUGGUGAGAAACCUUUUUCAUGCUCAGUUUGUGGCCAGAAAUUCUCUCUGAGUGGAUCUUUAAAAAAUCAUACAAGAAUCCACACUGGCGAGAAACCUUUUUCAUGCUCAGUUUGUGGCCAGAAAUUCUCUCUGAGUGGAUCUUUAAAAAAUCAUACAAGAAUCCACACUGGCGAGAAACCUUUUUCCUGCUCAGUUUGUGGCCAAAAAUUAUCUCAGAAGAACCAUUUAAAAAGGCACACAAGAAUCCACACUGGUGAGAAACCUUUUUCAUGCUCAGUUUGUGGCCAAAAAUUCUCUGAGAGGGGAAAUUUAAAUAGGCACACAAGAAUCCACACUGGCGAGAAACCUUUUUCAUGCUCAGUUUGUGGCCAAAUGUUUUCUCAGCGGGGAGGUUUAAAUGUGCACACAAGAAUCCACACUGGCGAGAAACCUUUUUCAUGCUCAGUUUGUGGCCAGAAAUUCUCUCGGAGGGGAGAUUUAAACACGCACACAAGAAUCCACACUGGCGAGAAACCUUUUUCAUGCUCAGUUUGUGGCCAAAGAUUCUUUGAGAGGCGAAGUUUAAAUACGCACACAAAAGUCCACACUGGUGAGAAACCUUUUUCAUGCUCAGUUUGUGGCCAAAAAUUCUCUCAGAGGGGAAAUUUAAAUACGCACACAAGAAUCCACACUGGUGAGAAACCUUUUUCAUGCACAGUUUGUGGCCAAAAAUUCUCUCAGAGGGGAAGUUUAAAUAUGCACACAAGAAUCCACACUGGUGAGAAACCUUUUUCAUGCUCAGUUUGUGGCCAAAAAUUCUCUCAGAGGGGAAGUUUAAAUAUGCACACAAGAAUCCACACUGGUGAGAAACCUUUUUCAUGCUCAGUUUGUGGCCAAAAAUUCUCUAUAAAGAGAAACUUAAACAGUCAUACAAGAAUCCACACUGGCGAGAAACCUUUUUAAUGCUCAGUUUGUGGCCAAAAAUUCUCUAUAAAGAGACACUUAAAUAGGCACACAAGAAUCCACACUGGCGAGAAAGUCAUAAGCAUAACUUAAACAGGCAUACAAGAAUCCACAUUGGUGAGAAACCUUUUUCAUGCUCAGUUCGGCCAAACAGUCUCUCAGGGUAAACUUAAUCAGGCACGCAGGAGCCCACACUGGAGAGAAACUUUUUGCCUGCUCAGUCAGUUGCCAAAGAGUCUCUAUUAAGAAUUCUGAGUGUUUUGGAGAGAUGAGCAAUGAUCCAUGAAGUUCUCACCUUCUUUUUGAGCAAACUUUAUGAGUUUAUGCAUCAGUGAUAGUUCUAUUCUAGUAUGCACCUUUUGAUUGAGAUGCUGAACUCCUUUCAUUUAAGUUCGAUUCAUUUUAGUUUUACCUAUGAAUUUGAAAAUAAAGUUAACCGGCCUCGGGAUGAUAAUAGUUCUGUAUUUUUCAUGAUACUUGAAGUUUAUUUGGUUUUUAGUUGUGUGUUCAUACUUAGGGCAAGUUGCUUUGUUCUUAUUAGUGUCGGUUCAGGAUUUUGUUUUGUUCAGCUUUUCAUGUUCAUGCCUGGAAAGCGGACUUUAAACCGAUGAUGAUGAUGAUGUGGAUCAAUAAAAGGAAAGAGUGUUGGACAUCCCCCAUUUUUCUUCAACAGUUUUUUUUGU